UACGUCAAUGACUAUCCUGAAAAAUCGAUUGCGUAGCAGAGCAUAGUCUACGGUCUGCGUUGACUUGUGACUCAUGGAGUUCCUAUGGUCACCAUGGCCAUGUUUGAGGUGAUGAGAGGCUGAGAGCUACUCUCUUCUGACCUUCCCUUUCUGAAAAUCCAAGCCCAGCCAAAAAGAUUCCUCGUGGCCUUUCGCCUCGCAUGGCGACAUAACAUAAUCGUAAUUCCCUCUCUCUCGAUCACACUUGCUAUUUGAAGAGCCUCUACCUUAACUUCACACUCCUUCACAAUAUCAAUCAUUGGCUUUUAAUUUUGCGUAGCAUCUCUCUCUGAUGGAUGCUACGAUGGGUUUCUCGGAUUCGAAUGAAAUAAGCAACAGCAGUAGCAUUUGCUGCUUCGCCUCCAACACCGAAACCCUCUCCUCUGAACCUUUACCGCCUCCCGAUGUAUCGGCCCUUUCCCACCUCUCCGAGAAUCUCGAAUUGCUCUUCGACUCUCCCGGCUCUGAUCACUUCGCCGACGCCAAGAUCAUUGUAAGUAGUAGUAGCAGCUGUAAUGGCCGAGAGAUCCCCGUCCAUCGGUGCAUUCUCGCAGCGAGAAGUCCUUUCUUCAAGAACUUGUUCGCCGGUUCGGCGAGAGAGACAAGUGGCGCCGCGGAGUUCCAAUUGAAGGAGCUAGCGAAAGAUCACUGGGUCGGCGUCGACGCGCUGGAAGCGGUCUUGGCUUAUAUGUACAGCGGGAAGGUGAGGCCGUUGCCGAAAGCUGUUUGCGUUUGCGUCGACGAAGACUGCCCGCACGUGGCGUGUAGGCCCGUCGUGGAUUUCAUGGUGGAGGUGCUCUACGCCUCUUCUACGUUCCAGAUUUCUGAACUCGUCGCUCGUCAUCAGAGGAAACUGCUAGACAUUCUUGACAAGGUUGCAAUAGAUGACGUUUUGUUGGUUCUAUCAGUUGCAAACAUCUGCGGUAAAACAUGUGAAGGAUUGCUGGCAAGGUGUAUUGAGGUUAUUGUUAAAUCUGAUGUUGAUACCAUCACUCUUGGUAAAGCACUUCCUCAGGAUCCUUUCAAACGAAUUGUGGACUUACGAAUGGAACUCGGCUUGGGCAUGCCUGAAAGAGACAGUUUUCCAGAUAAACAUGUAAAGAGAAUACAUAGGGCUCUUGAUUCAGAUGAUGUUGAGUUAGUUAGAAUGCUACUUAAAGAAGGGCAUACUGCUCUAGAUGAUGCAUUUGCACUCCACUAUGCUGUGGCAUACUGCGAUGCAAAGACCACGACUGAGCUUCUUGAUCUUGGACUUGCUGAUGUGAACCAUGUGAAUCGAAGAGGCUAUACCGUGUUGCAUGUUGCUGCAAUGCGGAAAGAACCUCAGAUCAUAGUAUCCCUCCUAACAAAGGGAGCCAGACCAUCAGAUCUUACAUUGGAUGGUAGAAAUGCACUCCAGAUCUCAAAGCGUCUUACUAAGGCUAUUGAUUAUUAUAGGUCCACUGAUGAAGGAAAAGCUUCUCCUAAGGACCGGUUAUGCAUAGAGAUAUUGGAGCAAGCUGAAAGAAGAGAUCCAGUGCUAGGAGAGGCUUCUCUUUCUCUUGCCAUGGCGGGGGAUGCUCUCCUUGUGAAACUGUUGUACCUUGAAAAUAGAGUUGGAUUGGCGAAAGUUCUAUUCCCCAUGGAGGCAAAAGUUGCAAUGGAUAUUGCUCAAGUUGAUCGCACUUCUGAGUUUCCAUUAGGCAUCAAGUCUAAGAAUUUGGGUGAUGCCCAGAUAACAGCUGUAGACCUAAAUGAGGCACCUUUCAAAAUUCAAGAGGAGCAUCUAAUUAGGCUGAGAGCGCUCUCUAGAACUGUGGAACUUGGAAAGCGCUUCUUCCCCCGUUGCUCAGAAGUCCUAAAUAGGAUAAUGGACGCCGACGAUAUAUCAGAACUAGCAUCCCUGGGGAAUGAUAAUUUCGAGGAGCGAAGUUUGAAGAGACAAAGGUUUAUGGAACUCCAAGAUGUUGUAAAGAAGGCUUUCAAUGAAGAUAAGGAGGAUUUUGAUAGGUCGGUUAGGUCUCCUCAGCAUCUUCUACGUCCAUAGGGCUGUUGAGGCCUCAUGGUAAGCUUACCAUCAAGAAAUAAGUACUCGUCAAAUAUAAAAGAUGCAGACUACUACUUCUUGUGCCCGUCAUAUAAAAUCCUUUUAUUCUUCUCUUGAUUAUUUAUCUUUUUGUUUUGGUAACAUGUUUGUAUUGAACCAUUCAUAGGAAGAGGGGAGCUUCAUAGUUGCCCUCAUAUUAUUUUAGAGAUAUAUAGUGUUAUUUUCGUUUCUGUUCUACUAAUUCGGAGCUUCUGCUAAUGAUGAUCCCUUUUCUAUGAACCUA